UACACGGACUAGACUAUACUUGGAAACCCCCACCCUCCUCACACACCAAACAACAAAAUCUACUUUCCCCUCCAACGCCAAAGCCAACGCCCAACUGACAUAACAAAACACCCAAGCAACGGAGGGCUUGAAAAGCAGACGAAAAUGGCUUCGCCGGCAGCAAGGAUCACCUUCCGCAUAGUAAUCAUAGCUCUGGUUGUUCUCGUCCUUUUCUACAUCGGCCGCCCUCUCUACUGGAAAAUCUCCGCCACCAUCCACGAGAUCCGCCAAAACAGACAGACCGUUAAACAAGGUAUAUCGCAGAUUGUUCUGGAAGCUCAGAAAUCGGUCGGUUGGUACCACGACGAGUCGGACUCGGGUGCCCGCGACUAUCGGGCCGCGAAGAAUGUCGGGUUGGCCACGAACCGGAGGCUGCUGCUCCGCCAGGUUUCGUGAAAACGCUUGAUUUUUCCAAAAUUUACUGCUUUGUAAUAGUGAGGUUACGGUGGGUCUGUUCAGAUCUGAUCACAUUUCGAAUGAAUCGGUUAAAUUCUGUUGAAUUAAUGUGUUUGGGGGGAUGAAAUGCUUCUUCCUGAAACUACUAAAUGUUAGAAAAGUUUGUACAACUGCAAUGCUGGAUUAUGUAUCGUUCUCGGAAAAUAUAUAGAGUUCUACCCAGUUUAAUUA